GUCCGUCACAACAAGUACAAGUCUCCCGCCCAAUAUUCCGUAGGCACACCAGCUCUAUAAACUUAACCAGGCCUAUGUUAAUACUUCACAUCCCUCUUAACGGACUGACUGUUGAGCAGUAACAGGAUGGAAAAUGCUAAUAAUUUCGAGUACCUCGCUGCAAACACGAUACCCAUUUGGCAGCACCGGAACCACCAGGAACAACAAGAAGAACAAAAAAUAGAAAAGAACAUCCGUACGGUGCAUCCGGCCGUUUCAUUCGACGCGAGGGCUGAUGCUGAUGCACUUUACAAAGCCAUGAAAGGUCUGGGCACUGAUGAAAAAGCUCUGAUGGCCAUUCUCUGCCAUCGUAGCAACAACCAGCGCGUCCUAAUCAGCCAAGCUUACAAAUCAGGAUAUGGGAAAGAUUUGGAAUCAAAAUUGAAGAGCGAAUUGAGUGGCAAUUUCGAAAGGGUUAUGGUGUCCCUCUGUCUGCCUACAGCUGAUUUUAUGGCAAGAGAGAUGUACGAAGCCAUGGCCGGUUUGGGGACGGACGACCAAGCCCUGGUUGAAAUACUCUGCAGUAGCACAAAUAAGGAAAUGCAAGAAAUGAACGCUGCCUAUCUUCGUUUUUAUGGCCAUUCUAUGGAAAAAGACAUCGUUGGAGACACUUCGGGCACUUUCAAAAUGAUCCUUGUUUCAUUGGCCCAGGGUGGAAGAGAUGAAAAUGAUUUUGUUUUUGACGAACAUAAAAUAAAAUCGGACGCACAACGUCUGCAUGACGCAGGAGAAGCUCGACUGGGGACGGAUGAGAGUGCUUUUAAUUCCAUUCUGGCCACGCGUAGCUGGGCUCACUUGGGCCAAGUUAUGAUUGAAUAUCAAUCAAUGUUUGGCAAUAGUUUGGAAAAGGCUAUAAUGAGUGAAUUCUCGGGCAACGCUGAGAAAGUGUUACUGGGAAUAUUACAAUGCGCAGUGAAUCGGCAUGCAUAUUUCGCUCAGCGACUCCGAGAUUCGAUGAAAGGAUUGGGCACCAACAAUCGCACCCUUAUUCGGUUAAUCGUCGGCCAUUGUGACAAUGAUUUGGGCAACAUAAGGCAGGAAUACGAAAAGAAAUUCAUCCGAAGUUUCGCAGCAGAUGUUAUGGACGAAACGUCAGGCGAAUACAGACGGGCUCUUAUGGCUCUUCUGGGCUCUAAAACCAACCUGCAGUGAACUGUGGAAAUUGCGUGAAAUAUUCCUAUAAGCUUCCUGACCAAUUUUGAAUGUAAGGAAUAAUUUUACUUGCUAAGCGUAUUAUACUUAAUGAAUCACUUAAAUGUACGUAUACAAGCAACCCUCCCCCAGGCCAUGUAGGGACUGAGCCGAGUUGUACUAAGCCCUAAGGGGAGGAACAGCAGGCCUUGGAUACUCUUGUAAAAUAGCUUUAAACCUUACUGGCUUUUAGGUAAUUGAAAACUUAUGAAAACUGAAAAAUGAACUUUAAAAAGUGUGGUUUGAUCUUUGAUGUAAAUGUAUUUUAAAUUAAUUUGAUGCCAACGUAAACUGACAUCAAGCACUUGAAAGGUUACAAGAACACCACCGCAUAUUAGGUGGGUUCGAAGCAGGUAUAAAUGCCGCGAUUGUUUAUCAUAUCAGUGUAUUCCAUACGGAAUUCAUAUACUAAAAUUGGAACGAUACAGAGAAGAUUAGCAUGGCCCCUGCGCAAGGAUGACACGCAAAAUCGUGAAGUGUUCCACAUUUUUGUCAAAACAAAAGGGAAUAUCUGCUUGUGCAUUUUUUUAUAGAGCUAACCAUUUGCAAGUCAUCAGUAUGCAAGUUUCGAAAAAACAA